AUGUCUUCCAAGCCUUAUGUCAUGAGCCAAUACAAGCCAGAAGAUGCAGCCACAGAAUGGACUGAGCUGGACGAGGUUACCAAAGAGGGAUUUACCACCAACGACCAGCUGGAUAUGCAACGCAUGGGUAAGAAGCAGGAGUUUAGGAGAAAUUUUAGAUUCCUGACCACUGUUGGCUUUACAUGCUGUGUGAUGGGAACAUGGGAAAUUCUUCUCACUUCGAAUACACCAGCACUCCUUGCUGGAGGCUCGGCAGGAUUGUUCUGGAGCGUUUGUUGGGCCUAUUGUGGUCAAUUUUUCGUGGUACUCUCACUGGCAGAGAUGAGCUCUAUGGCGCCGACAGCAGGCGCACAGUACCACUGGAUUUCGUUGCUUGCCCCUGCUGAAUACCAAAGGCUCUUGAGCUAUCUCUCAGGCUGGCUGUCCACGAUCUCCUGGCAAUCAAUUGUCGCUUUGGAUUGCUACCUCGUUGGGACUAUCAUCCAAGGACUCAUCACUGUCAACGACGAAACAUAUGUGGCGGCUAAAUGGCAAGCUACGUUGCUCAUCAUCACGGUGGCGAUCUUCAUAACCCCGUUCAAUAUCUUCGCGGCAAAACACUUGCCCCUGGCUGAAGGAAUUUUUGUGACGGGGCACUUCUUUGCAUUCUUUCCAGUCGUUAUCAUUCUCCUGGUCCUGGCACCUAAAAGGUCGACAAAAGACGUCUUCCUUACUUUCUCGGACAAUGGUGCUGGAUGGCCAAACGUUGGAUUGAGUACACUUGUCGGACAAGUCAGUGCGAUUUUCUCUGUGCUCGGUUCUGACUCGGUGGCCCACAUGGCAGAAGAGGUGCAGGAUUCUUCCAUCGUCGUACCUCGAGCCAUGACGUGGAGUUUCAUUGUCAAUAUUCCCUCGACGAUCGGCUUGUUACUCACCUACCUGUACUGCAUGCCGAGUGUGUCGGAUGCUGUCUCGCAUUCUUCUGGCUAUCCUUUCCUCUAUGUCUUCCAGGAAGCAACUGGUUCGGCUAGCGGUGCCACAGGAUUGGCCAUUGUAAUUCUCUUACUCCUGGCUAUGAUCACUAUCAGCGCCGCUGCAAGCACAUCUCGUCAAACCUUUGCCUUUGCUCGAGAUCAUGGUCUGCCAUUCUCAACCUGGCUGAGCACAGUACACCCGAGAUGGCAUGUUCCUGCAAAUGCGAUUGUCUUCACCUGUAUUUUCACUAUUGUUUUGAGCUUGAUCAAUAUCGGCAGCACAGCUGCUUUCAACGCGAUGUUGUCGCUGAGCGCCACAGCUCUCAUGACAACAUAUGUGUAA